AUUGGCCCGGCCCAUGAGCGGCACGUGAACGUCAGAGGCGAAGCUCGGGUAUAAAAGAGAACCACCCCUGAUCCGGGGCACCCGCAGUGUCCGCUCCUUCCGAUCUUUGCACGAGGAGAGUCGCCGUACACCGCCCAACAUGAAAGUAGUGCUCGCACUCGCUGUUCUGUGCAUGGCAGUUGCCGUCUCCUAUGCUGGCUACGGCUAUGGCCUCGGACACUACGGUGGCUAUGGUGGCCACGGCGGAUAUGGCGGCUAUGGUGGUUAUGGUGGCUACGGAGGAUAUGGUGGAUACGGACACGGUGGUUACGGUGGUUACGGCCGUGGCUACGGAGGCUAUGGCGGUUACGGAGGCUACGGCCACGGAUACGGCGGCCACGGCCACGGGCACGGAGGCUAUGGUCAUGGAUACGGAUUCAAAAAGAUAAUCUAUGGCCAUGGAUACGGCCACGGCGGUUACGGCCACGGAGGAUAUGGAGGCUACGGUCACGGUUACUACGGCUGAGAUUCAAUUGCUUUCAUUGUGAGUGCUCCGUCUUAAUAAAAAAAUGUCUGCCCUCUCCCUUCAAAAA